AUGUUGGAGUUCACCGAUGUGCAGAAGGCCGGCCUUGGCUUCCUGACGUUUGGCGUGGUCUUUCUGUUUCUAUCAGUGAUGCUGUUUUUCGAUGGCGGACUUAUGGCUUUGGCCAAUAUUUUCCUACUUCUCGGACUUACGCUCGUCGUAGGCAUACAGCGAUCCGUAGCCUACUUUCUCGAGCGGAGCCGCGCUAAGGCGACAGGUGCAUUAUUGCUUGGUAUGGCAGUUGUUUUGUACGGGUUUCCGAUGAUCGGGAUUGUUUUCGAAAUUUAUGGACUUGUCAUUAUCCUUCGGGGCCUAUUUCCCGGCGUGCUGGCAACAGUACGGUCCAUGUGGAACGCAUGGUCCUUUCCGUAA